CAAAAAGCGCGCUCAACAAACCCGACUUACGAACCACCGCCACAGCCGGAAGCCACCGCUUUAGCUUCCUCCUGGAGUCGGAGAGCAUUUCCCGAGAGCCCGCGUCCGCUCGGGGACUACAGCUCCCGGCGUGCUCCGAGGCCGCCGGAAUUAACCCUUCAGGGGCCGGCGCUGCAUAGCGCCCCGCCCCCUCCCCUUACAGAGAUCCCGCAGGAGAUGGGUGCCCCCAUCGGCAUACUGUCCUUUGGCUACCGGACAUCAUGCCUCCCAAGAAGGAUGUUCCCGUGAAGAAACCAGCAGGGCCUUCUCCCCCAAAGCCUGCUGCCAAGCCAGCAUCAGAGGCCCCUCCAGCCAAGGCCAAGGCUGAGCCAGCUGCCUCCCCGGCCCCUGAAAAACCCCAGGAGCCCCCCAUCGAUCUCUCCAAAGUGGUGAUCGAGUUUAACAAGGACCAGCUGGAGGAGUUCAAGGAGGCCUUCGAGCUGUUUGACCGAGUUGGUGAUGGUAAGAUCCUGUACAGCCAGUGUGGGGACGUGAUAAGGGCCCUGGGCCACAACCCCACCAACGCCGAGGUGCUCAGGAUCCUGGGAAACCCCAAAAGUGAUGAGCUGAAGUCCCGGCGUGUAGACUUUGAGACUUUCCUGCCCAUGCUCCAGACAGCGGCCAAGAAACGGGACCAAGGCUCUUCUUACCAGGACUAUUUGGAGGGGCUUCGGGUGUUGGACAAGGAGGGGAAUGGCAAAGUCAUGGGAGCAGAGCUCAGACAGGUCCUCACCACCCUGGGAGAGAAGCUGACUGAGGAGGAGGUGGAGGCUAUUCUGGCAGGACACGAGGACAUCAAUGGCUGCAUCAACUAUGAGGCCUUCCUGAAGCACAUCCUAAGCGUCUGAGCGCUACAGAUCCCGUGGGGCCGGACACUGCCCCCCGCCCCCCCUCCGCAGGCGGAAGCACGUUCCGGCCACUAGGAGGCCACCUAUUGUUUUAAAAUAAAGAAACGGUUCCUCCCUCGG